AUGCAGUGCGAUUGGUUAGCCAACCUCCUCUCCAGCCGCGCAACUGACUUCAUCUUGGGUGCUGCUACUGCAGGAACCGAAGGCAUAAUCCCUUUCACGAAGCCAGAUAGCCGUUCACCUCUCAACGUCAAACUCCUCGGUCCUUUCCGCCAGAUUAACACCAUGAGACCCACUCCUGUACUCCUCGGGAUGUUGCUUUCUGGCACUGCCAUCUCAACACCAUCCCCGACCGGUGCAACACCCUGCGAACCGAUGUCUGAUAUUGAAUCAAGCACCAGCGGACCUUAUUCACAGCAGAGUGCGGACCUCUUCCUCAGGAGAUGCUUUUCUGCAUCACGUCCUGCAUCAUUUUUCGAAGAGGGGCUGCUCGAGGAUUGGCUGCUGAAGGAGAUUUAG